AGGAAGUGACGAAAACUGUCGUUCCGAGCACGAUGUUAUGUAUGAUAGAUAUAUUUGGAAAGAUAGAUAGAUAGAUAGUAACUAUAAAAAUCUCUCAUAAUCAAGCACAAUAUUAUAUUAUUAUUGUAGAAGAUCAAGCAAGAUAACAUAAAAAUUUUCGGCAAAGAAACCUUGCAUCUCAUCUUCAUCUGCAAAUUCUGGGACACAUCGAAGGCCAGACAUGGCCGUGAAUACAUCGGAGCUUGUUGCCAAGCUCACCCCGGAAACUCAACACUUCAGCCUUGACUCUCUUCUCCGCUUUUGUACCUCCAACGUUUCUGGGUUUCCUCCUUCACCCUCCCAUUUCAAUGUCUCACAGUUUGGGCAUGGACAGUCCAAUCCAACGUACCUGAUCGAAGUUGGUUCUGUGGGGUCACCUUUGAAACGAUAUGUUCUCAGAAAGAAGCCUCCAGGGAAAUUGCUGGCGUCAGCUCAUGCUGUCGACAGAGAAUUUCAGGUUCUUAAAGCGUUAGGCACUCAUACUCAAGUUCCAGUUCCUAAAGUUUUCUGCUUGUGCGAUGAUCCAAAUGUUAUUGGAACAACAUUUUAUAUCAUGGAGUUUUUGGAGGGGCGUAUAUUUAUUGACCCCAAGCUACCGGGUGUGGCACCGGCGAGGAAAAGGGCAAUAUAUCUGGAAACUGCUAAAACCUUAGCUUCCUUACAUUCUGCUAAUGUGGACUCCAUUGGUUUGGGAAAAUAUGGGCGGCGAAAUGAUUAUUGUAAAAGACAGAUUGAGAGGUGGGCUAAGCAAUAUGUUGCCUCAACUAGUGAGGGGAAACCUGCAAGAAAUCCGAAAAUGUUUGAACUGAUUGAUUGGCUACAACAUCACAUACCUCCUGAAGAUUCCUCAGGGGCAACAGCUGGCUUGGUUCAUGGAGAUUUUCGUGUGGACAAUCUGGUAUUCCACCCCACUGAGGAUCGAGUAAUUGGUGUACUUGACUGGGAACUUUCUACCCUUGGUAACCAAAUGUGUGAUGUUGCAUAUAGCUGUAUGUCGUACAUUGCAGAUAUUGGGCCUGACAAAGUACGAGAAGGCAUGGAACGUGGAUUACCAGAGGGAAUUCCUUCACUGCCGGAAUAUUUGGCUGAAUACUGCUCAGUGGCAGGAAGAAAAUGGCCCUUUGCUGAGUGGAGGUUCUAUGUUGCCUUUUCUUUCUUUCGAGGGGCUUCAAUUUUUGCGGGAGUAUAUAGCAGAUGGGUUAAGGGUAAUGCAUCAGGAGGUGAGCGUGCUCGACACGCAGGGGUACUCGCAGAUGGUCUUAUAGAUGCUGCUUGGAACUUUAUUGAACAGAAAUCUGUACUUCCUCAGCAUCCUCCAUCCGAUGUGAAUGCACAAGCCCAUUCAAAAGAGUUGGUGGAAGGGAACGACAUGCAGGGCCUAUCAAGUGGGGGGAAGUUUGUUCCUAGUCAAAAGGUUUUGACAUUAAGGAACAAACUAAUUAAGUUCAUGGAGGAACAUAUAUACCCCAUGGAAAAUGAAUUCAACAAACUCGCCCAGUCAGAAUCACGUUGGACUAUUCAUCCGGCUGAGGAGAAGUUAAAGGAGAUCGCAAAGAAAGAAGGCUUGUGGAACUUAUGGAUUCCUCGUGAUAGUGCUGCAAGGGCAAAAAAUAUACUCUUUGGUGGGAGAAAUAGUGAUCUCUCCAGUGAUGCAAAUGACUUGUUAUUGGGUGCUGGUCUCACAAAUCUUGAAUAUGGAUACCUUUGUGAGAUUAUGGGUCGUUCUGUUUGGGCCCCACAAGUAUUUAACUGUGGUGCACCUGACACAGGUAAUAUGGAGGUGUUACUUCGCUAUGGAAACAAAGAACAAAUGCAAGAAUGGCUUAUUCCUUUGCUUGAGGGGAAGAUUAGAUCUGGUUUUGCUAUGACAGAACCACGUGUUGCGUCUUCUGAUGCAACGAACAUUGAGUGUUCUAUCAAAAGACAAGGAGAUUCAUAUAUUAUCAAUGGGACAAAAUGGUGGACAAGUGGCGCUAUGGAUCCCCGAUGCAGAAUUCUCAUAGUCAUGGGGAAAACUGACUUCAACGCAGCAAAGCAUAAACAGCAAUCUAUGAUCUUAGUGGAUACCCAGACUCCUGGUGUUAACAUAAAGAGACCCUUAACGGUGUUUGGAUUCGAUGAUGCACCACAUGGACACGCCGAAGUAACAUUCGAAAAUGUUUGUGUGCCAGCAGAAAAUAUUAUACUCGGAGAAGGACGUGGAUUUGAGAUUGCUCAAGGUAGGCUAGGUCCAGGAAGGCUGCACCAUUGCAUGAGACUGAUAGGCGCUGCCGAGCGAGGAAUGCUUUUGAUGGCUCAAAGAGCUCUUAAUAGAAGAACAUUUGGGAAGUUGAUUGCUCAACAUGGUUCAUUUCUUUCAGAUAUGGCGAAGUGCCGUAUAGAGCUCGAAAAGACCAGAUUGUUGGUGUUAGAAGCAGCUGACCAGCUUGAUAAGCACGGAAACAAAAAAGCUAGAGGGAUACUAGCAAUGGCCAAGGUAGCCGCACCAAACAUGGCGCUGAAGGUGCUUGACAUGGCCAUUCAAGUGCAUGGAGCAGCUGGUGUGUCGUCUGACACAGUCCUAUCACAACUGUGGGCCGCCGCACGGACGCUGAGAAUUGCCGAUGGUCCGGAUGAAGUACACUUGGGUACCAUUGCCAAGUUAGAACUUCAAAGAGCCAAGCUUUGAGAAAGUGAAAAAUUUUCAACAUACAAUCACCAAAUGCAAACCCCAAAGAAGAAGAAAGAAGGGAAAGCAGUAGGAUAAGCAAGGAAGAUUCACAAUCCCUCAAUCAUUUUUUUUUUCAUUUUAAGUUCUAGCUAGACACUAUUAAAAAAGGGUGGUUGUGAAUGUUUUAGAUUAUUAUGCAUUAAAUGUAAUUCAGGAGUAUGUAAUAUAUUUCAGAGUAGUGUAUGAAUGUUGUUCACAAUAAGUUUCCCAAUUGUGUAUGGGGUUUGUUAAUACUCUAUGAUGGAAUAUCAAUAAAUUAUACUUUGG